AUGGGGAAGAAGAAAGUUUUCCCCUUUCAAAAAAUUUCGGGGAAGCCGAGGCACUCUCUGGAUGUCAACCGCCGCGGGGGAAAAGCUAAAUCCAUCAAUGGGCGGAGCGCAGCCACGGUGCGGCGGCUCAAGAUUUACCAGACGCGCCCAAUCCGCGACGCCAAGGGCAAAAUCCUGAAGCAUGACUUGCAGUCGAAGGAAUUGCCGUCCACUAGAAUUAUGCCGGAUAGCCGGUAUUUUAUCAACACUCGCAUUGUGGAUCAGAAACAGCUAGAGAUUUUCAGGGAGGAGCUUCAAUAUCGGAGGUCAAACAGUUACAAUGUGAUUUUGAACGAAAAGAAGCUACCCAUGUCCCUGUUGAACGAUCAUCAUAAGCAAGCAAGAGUUCAUGUCCUCGACACAGAGCCUUUCAAUGAUGCUUUUGGUUCAAUGGAAAAGAGGCAAAGACAGAAACUACCGGCAUCUGAUUAUGAAUCAUUAGUUAAGAGAGCUGAUGGUUCUCAAGGUCCGUUUGAAGAGAAAAAUGAUGAUACUACAUAUGCUGAAGGAGGUGAAGAUGGCACCAGAGAUCUUGUAAGGCACGGAAUGAUUGAAAAAGGUCAGAGUGAACACAUAUGGAGAGAGCUCUACAAAGUGAUCGACUCUUCAGAUGUUGUUGUGCAGGUUUUAGAUGCCAGAGAUCCGCAAGGUACACGAUGCUUUGACUUGGAGAGGCAUUUGAAGGAGCAUUGCAAGCAUAAGCACAUGAUCCUUCUAUUGAACAAGUGUGAUCUGGUUCCAGCUUGGGCAACAAAAGGAUGGCUUAGAAUUCUGUCGAAGGAAUACCCUGCUCUUGCUUUCCAUGCAAGCACAAACAAAUCAUUUGGAAAGGAUUCCCUUCUUUCAGUAUUAAGACAAUUUUCUCAUCUGAAAAGUGACAAGCAAGCAAUAUCUGUGGGAUUUGUUGGAUAUCCAAAUGUUGGGAAAUCGUCAGUUAUCAAUACUUUACGCACAACGAGUGUCCGCAAAGUUGCUCCUAUUAUUGGGGAGACCAAAGUGUGGCAAUACAUAGCACUCACAGAGAGGAUCUUUCUGAUUGAUUGCCCGGGAGUUGUUUAUCAGAACAAGGACUCCGAAGCAAAUAUAGUAUUGAAAGGAAGGGUUCAAGUGAUUAAUUUACAUGAUGCUGUUGAGCAUAUUGGUGAAGUUCUGAGACGUGUCAAGAAGAAGGACCUGGAGAGAGCUUAUAAGAUUAGCGACUGGGAUGAUGAAAAUGAUUUCCUCGUUCAGCUGUGUGAGUCGACUGGGAAACUUUUAAAGGGAGGUGAGCCCGACUAUAUGACUGCUGCAAAGACGAUUCUCCACGAUUGGCAAAGGGGUAAAAUACCAUUUUUCGUACCGCCACCAAAGCAUGAGGACUCCAUAAUAGCAGAGGAGCCGAACGAAAACAAGGGGAAUGGCAAUAUUACUGGCGAUAAUGAUAAAGCUUCAGCCACAAGAGAAGCUGUUGAUGGUUUUAUUUCGUCCCAGACAAUAGAUCAUAGACUUGGUUAG